ACAGCUGUGGAUCUACAGUUUGGUUGUCGUUCCGACGCUCCCCUUCAACUUACUUCUUCGUCUUGCAUCGCGGCUACCAGGUGGCGCCAAAACACCAAUAUUAUUAGGGCCUCAGCCACUCGCUUCCAUCCGGCAACGGUUUCGUAGCUCUCCUCCGCAUGAUUACUUGUUGGAAGGGUUUUUGCCGGAAUCAUGAGAGCUCGGGUGGUUGUUUUCCCAAUCAAAGGAAGGAAUUGGUGCUUCAGCCGCUGCCUCGAUCCCACCGCCGCCCAUGUGCCCUCUUCAAAGCCGCAGAAAUUGAGGGAUCUCUUCAGGAACAUCACUUCCACCCGAAGAUCGGUCCCAGAAACUGCCGAGAUGGUCGAGGACUUUACUUCGGAGAAGAUGAAUCGAGCAUGGGUUACCCUGGAGAAGGCUCCGGAGGGCACUUUUAAGAGUAAACUGCAUAGUUUGGGUUUGUGGCUCUUGUCGAGAGUAAAGCCAUCUGAAAUGUUCUUGAAAUCUGUUUCUAAGGAUCUUACUGGGGUUGAAGUUACUUAUCCAGCAAGUUUGAAUCCUCGUCUUGUUCGCAGAAGAUUACGACAUAUUGCAAUGAGGGGAUCUGCAAUUCAUAGAAAGCAUUUGUAUGGCUCGGUAACUUUACUGCCACUAACUUCAGUUCUCACUGUAUUGCCACUGCCGAAUGUACCAUUUUUCUGGAUCUUGUUUCGUGCAUAUUCUCAUUGGAAGGCUCUCAAGGGAAGUGAGAGAUUACUACUACUAGUUUCAGAUUGCUCAAGGACGUGGAGUUCGAUUGCUAACAAUGAGAAGGGCAGUGGUUCAAAGGAUGAAAAUGAUCAUGGAGCCAAAGCUGCGCCUCAGUCUCCAUUGGUGCUCAAACCCUCUGAAGAUCUUGACAAACUCAUCGUUGAAUGGACGUCUAACGAUGGAAUUAGAAGCUGCACCAUUAAUGCAAUUUCCGAACUGUACAGUCUGGAUAAGAAGCAGGUAUUAAAGUACAAGGAUUCUCUAUGAUCUCAUAUAUUUGUCCCCAGAGUUCCCCACUAGCUCCAGAAUGCUUUGUUGUGAAUCGCAUUACAGCGCCUCAGGCUCCUCGUCAAGAAGGAAAAUUUGCCAGAGAUAUGUAUUGUUCAGCACCACGUCUGACAUUUGUUUUAGUUCUACACUUGUAGAACUAGUCUUGAAUUCUUAUUUAGUUUUAAUUUUGCAUAAUAAUUUCAGCCAAUUUUGUUGAAUUAAUUUUGCGCAACUGUUCAGUGUUGACUUUCUGGGAAUAACUUUAGCUAUGUAUUGUGUUAUCAUUAUUAUUAUUUCGGGAUA